AUGGCCCGCAGGUUCCAGACCACCAGGAUUUCCUAUGUGCCCUACCCCAUAACUGGAGUAAACUAUUAUUCGACCUACUACAAGCCAAGCUAUAGCUAUUAUCCGAAAAUCUAUAGAUGGUACUACGACUGGCCAAGAGACAGCUACUACCUACCUUACUAUAGAUACUUGAGUACUUACUUAAAUUACUCAUCGCCGAUCAGUAGGUCGUUGCAAGAUUCGUUCAGCAAAAUCGAAUACGAUAUCGAUAAUUUCCGAGUAAAAGUCCAGAAAGUAGGGGGACAAAAAAAUGGCAUACCUCCAAAAAAUAGAGUAGAAAUGCAGCUGUGUAAUAGUUUUAAAUCAGUAUUGUCUAAGUACUCCAAUUGUUUCUUGACUUGUAUUUUAAAAACAAAAAAGAUGCUUACCUAUUUAAGAAACCCCAUUUCUGGGUACGAAUGGUCUUUUUGGCCUGACGCGAGAUUUUAUUACCACUAUAAAAUUUACCGACCACUGCCGUAUUAUGACCAUUACUGGCCUAGAACUUGGUCCUCCAAAUAUUGGCCUUCCUAUAGGUCGUACCGGUAUUUCAUGGAGGACAUUCCGACUGAGAAAGGCCUUACAGAUGUUAGAGUAAAUGAGGAGUCAGCUUUACUGGUCAGACAGCAGAAUAUAAAUAUUAGGUUUCAUAUUGAAACUGCUAUUAAAUCAUAAAUAAUUCCAUUCUAAAUAAAGUGAGAUAAAAUAUCGGCAAGUUUUUCUAAAUUUUUCGACAUAAAUGUGUUCAUUUAUUAUUUAUUUUUAUGAUGUACAUAACGAUAUUUUUUUAAUAAAAUAUUUU